AACAACUACAACAGCCUUUGCGUGAAUAUAUAAUAAUACCGGUAGGCCUAUGUCCACUCACGAAAUUGCUCAGAUGAGGAUAUCGUGAACGUUCCUUGGUGGAAAUUGCUGUCUCGCUUGAGUUACGUAUUCAUUGCAGCUCUGCGAAACGAUCCCGAUACGAGAGAGGUAUCUGGCGUAAUUGAAUUUGUUAACUUUCUCCAGUACCAAAUUACGGUACACGCAGGCAUUAUUAAGCUUUAUAUAAACAGUUUUUAAUUAAAAUCCACCGUGUCUGCAGUGUGCUACACGCCCGAACAACACAGUUCGUGUUUUAUCUUUUAUUUUUAAUAUUUGUUUGUGUGUCUAUAUAUGCGAAAAUUGUUACACCAUGUCCACUAGAAGUUAUUUAAGUCAGAAAAUACACGAGAGCCCAUAUGUUUUGAUGUUGAAAUUUAGACUAUAAUGAACUAAUAUUGCCAUAGCUUUAAUCUAAAACUUGACAAUAGAAAUGAGACGUGUUACAGCCAGACACUUAUGUAAACUGAGGUUUACUGCUCCACAGAACUGCCAAUGUUCAUGUCACAAAAAUUUUAAUAACAGAAGCUUGUUGAAGCGAUCUGUUUCUACGAGAUCACCUUUAGAGAUUUCAUUCAACUCACUUCCAGAGAAAAAAUUUGAUCUAUGGAAUAAAAAUGUUGGAUUAUUUGGAGUUCCAGAACUCAGUUCUCCAGAAGGAUUCAUAAAAGCAAAGGAUGAAUGUAUUAAAAAGGGCUGGAGAUUACUGGACCAAGCUAUUGCUGCAAAACCAGGAAAAGAAACUAUUAUCCUAUUUGAUGAAUUAUCGGAUACUUUGUGCAGAGUUGCGGAUCUGGCUGAUUUUGUACGAUGUGCGCAUCCAAACCAAUCUUAUGCACAAGCAGCUAAUGAAGCUCAUGUUGCCAUAGGAACAAUGGUUGAAGAAUUAAAUACUCAUUCAUCAUUACAUAAAGCAAUGCAUGAUGUUGUCAAAGACAAAGAGUUAAUGGCUAGCUUUGAUGACGAAACAAGACGAGUUGCAGAACUUUUUAUGUUUGAUUUUGAAAUCAGUGGAAUUCAUCUGGAUUCAAAUAAACGGUCAAAAGCAGUCAAACUCCAUGAAGAAAUUUUGAAUUUAACAAGUGCAAUGCUCCAGGGGUCAGGUCAACCAGUAGCUGUGCCCAAAAAUCUCUUACCAACUGAUUUGAGAGAAUUGUUUGGAAGAAUGAGCGGUGAAUCUGAUACAAUACAGUUAUCUGGACUUCAUGCAGAACAUACUGAUGAAAGAAUAAGAGAAGCAGCAUAUCGAAUGUAUUUGUUCCCCAACCCUGGUCUGGAGGCAAUUUUGUCCAGGCUUCUCAAAUCACGAUAUCAACUUGCUCACCUGGUUGGAUAUGAGAGCUAUGCUGAGAGAGCAUUAAAAGCAACAAUUGCUCAGAAUCCAGAACAAGUAUCAACAUUUUUAAACACACUUUCUGCCAGUUUGAAGUCACCAGCUGAAGCGGAAUUUGAUGAACUAAGAACGUUAAAGCGGGAGUUAGGGAGUACAAGAGAGUUGAUGCCAUGGGAUGUUCAUUACUUAUCGUCACGGCUUAAAGAGCAAAGGUCUAAUGUGAACACUGAUAUGUUUAGUAGCUUCUUUUCUCUUGGUGAUUGCAUGGAUGGAUUAAAUACAAUAUUUCAGUCACUUUAUGGAGUUUCUCUGCAAACUGUUGAACCUAAAAAGGGAGAAAUUUGGUCACCCGAUGUAAUUAAACUAGCAGUACAACACGAAACAGAAGGAGUUAUAGGAUAUAUUUAUUGUGAUUUCUUUCAAAGACCCGGGAAACCUCAACAAGAUUGUCAUUUCACGAUAAGGGGAGGUCGAAGAAUGCCUGAUGGAUCUUACCAAGUUCCGGUUGUUGUUUUGCUGCUUCACCUGCCAUCACCUACAGCAACCAAUGUUACAUUACUUCCUCCUUGUUCUGUGAAUAACUUGUUUCACGAAGCUGGACAUGCUAUGCAUUCUAUGCUUGCUAGAACAAGAUAUCAACAUGUAACUGGUACGAGAUGUGCCACAGAUUUUGCGGAGGUUCCCUCAAUUCUAAUGGAAUACUAUGCUAAUGAUGAGAAGGUUUUAUCAAAAUUUGCUAAACAUCACAAAACAAGGGAAGCGUUACCACCUGACAUGAUUAAAAAAUUAUGUGAAGCAGAUCAUGUGUGUGCUGCAAGCGACAUGCAAUUACAGGUGUUUUAUUCAAUGCUUGAUCAAGUCUAUCAUGGUGUUCAUCCUUUACCUAGUAGCCUUGGAGUAACAUAUGCUGAGCUCCACAAACAGCAUUAUAGUCUUCCACAUGUAGCAAAAACUUCUUGGUAUCUACGCUUCUCACAUCUUGCAAGUUACGGAGCAAAGUAUUAUUCAUAUUUAAUGUCAAGAGCAGUAGCUUCCAGGUUAUGGACUAAAUGCUUUCAAAAAGAUCCUUUAAACAGAGAAAUGGGAGAAAGAUAUAAAUCAAAAAUGUUAUCGCAUGGCGGAGCUCGUGAACCAAUUUUCAUGUAUGAGGAUAUGCUUCAAGAAAAAUUUGAUAUGGAUAAUCUUGCCAGUACAUUGGUGAAAUCUAUAAAAUAGUGAAAUUUUGUUUAAAUACAUAACACAUGCGAAGAUGUCA